AUGAACGAGUUCCGAAAGAUUGUCUUACCCAAAAAGACGGAGGCAAAAUCUGGUUACAGUUGGGCAACUCACUUGCGCAAUUUCGAGAAUGGAAGAGAGAAUUUCAUUCCGGUGGAUGCAUUCAACAAAAACCUUCCCUUCAGUUUCAAUGAUGCUCUGAAAGAAGGCGUCGUCGUUAGUUUAUUCGAUGUCGACCUUUUUCAGUAGUUAAUAUAUUUUCAGUUUGAAAUAGCAAUCCACGACUACGACAAAGUCUCUGAGAAUGUGGAAGUGCGGUGGUUCGCGAGAGUGGACAAAGUGUGCGGCUACAGGGUUCUCGCGCAGUUCCUCGGCUGCGACACUAAAUUCUGGAUCAAUUUCCUCUCCGAGGAAGUGUACAGUCUGGCCCAGUGAGCUUUUUUUUCAGAAAUUUGUAUAAAUGUUAACUUUUUUCAAGUGCGGCUCGGGUUCUUUCGACUACCAUCAAACACGUUUACUCCCCGCCACUGUCUGUGAGCAUUGAAUACGCGCAAGAUAUGAAGAACUUUGUUGCUGUGAGUUCUUUAUAAUUCCCUCACUUUUAUCUACAUAAUUUUUUGUCAGAAUUGUAUAGAAGGAGAAAUGGUUGGACAAACCGCUCUGAGCCCGAGUUUCGACAUAAACAAGGCGACUUUGCAAAGUCCAAAGUUCCGCGUCGGCCAACGCAUCGAACUGCUAAACUACACACUGUCGACGGAAAUCCGCGUGGCGCGAAUUCAAAAGAUUUGCGGUCGUCGGCUCAAUGUGCUCGUCUGCAAGAGAGACUACGGCAAAAUGUACCCGAACAGUACGGACGAUCGCCAACUUCAAAGUUCCAAAGAGGCUCAGUAUUGGAUCGAUGAAGCCAGCUUCUUCAUCUUUCCUGUUGGAUUUGCUGCCGUCAAUGGAUACAACCUGUUUGCAAACGCGGAUUAUAAAGAGCACACUCGGAAAAUAGCCGAAUGCAUCGCGAACAACAGACCCCCAGUCUACGAUAGAGAUGACGUCACAUUCGAUGAUCUGCGGAAGGAGCCACUUGAUCCAGAACUGUGGAGUCGAGUGAAAGUCGGACAAAAGUUUGAGCUGAUUGACCCGCUAGCUCAAAGCUUCAAAAACAUGCAUGUUGCUUCUAUUCUCAAAUUUUGCAAAACUGAUGGAUACAUGAUAGUUGGUAUGGACGGUCCGGACGCCCUUGAAGAAAGCUUCCCCAUUCACGUGAACAACAUGUUCAUGUUCCCAGUUGGGUAUGCCGAGAAGAAUAACGUUAAAUUAGAAGCUCCCGAGGGAUUCAAAGGGAUAUUCAAAUGGAACAAAUAUCUUCGAGAUGAAGGCGCCGAAAGUAUGCCGAUUGAGUUGUUCAAUCCUAUGCCGUCUACCGAGAGACUCAACAAAUUCCAGGUAAUUGACCGCUUGAAACCUUUUUCAUUUUCGAUUUUCAGGUUGGAAUGCGACUGGAAGCCGCUGACAUGUGUGAGAAUCAUUUCAUUUGUCCAGCAACUAUCAGUUCUAUGCAUGGCAGGGUCAUUAAUGUCAAUUUCGAUGGCUGGGACUCGGAAUUCGACGAAAUGUACGACGUUGAGUGAGUCAUUUCCUCGAGACGAUCUUUCCCAUUUCAUUGAAACUUUUUCAGCUCUCAUGACAUUUUCCCCAUCGGCUGGUGCGAAUUACACAAUUACACGCUUCAGUAUCCGCGAAGAAGCUGA